AUGUAUGUGAACUGGGAACACCAAGCCAAGUUCUUGGCAUUGAAGCUCCAGCCAGAGCGGUGCCCACACCAUAGGAGGUGUGUGCCAGCUCUAGCGGCUGGGCCCCUGCGUAUGCAGCUCAUCGGCGCCGAAGGCGCAGCUGGAGCUUGCGCCGUCAGAGCCACAGGCGCCGCUUUCGGCGCUUUCGCCGACGUAGGCACUUCCCCGAAGAGGGCGCUUUCACCCUCUUCUUCGGCAGUGACUCAGCCUGGGCGCCACGGCUGGUUGACGGCUUCUCCUUUGCCGCUGCUGCCGCGUAGGAGCCAGCUGCAAGCGGGGGUCGGAGGAGCCUACCCUAGGCACCCACCUCUCGCCGCAUCAGUCCGAGAAGGUCGGCCUCCGCUGGCUGCGCCGGUCGGGGACGACCUCCGCAAGCAGUGGCGAGCUCUGCCUUUACGGCUCGGAGUUCAGCCUCCAAGGCAGUGUUCGCAGCCACCAUUCGGGACAGCUCCCAUCGCUCGCAUCCCGGCUAGCUCUUUUUUCAGAGCAGCCAUUUGCCUACCCGCUGAGCUUCGGCGUGUUGAAGCACUCCGUUUCUGCAAGCCUGGGUUUUUUUGGCUAGCCACGUACAUACGGGGUGCCUUUACUACUUUGCAAAGGCUCUCAGCGCCGUCUUUGCUUUCAGAGUCCUCGCCGCCGGACACCUCAAUCUCGGACGAGUCCGAGGGGGAAUUAAUGACUAUGCUGAUGAUGGUCUAUUUUGUACGCAGGAGUCACUUCAGAGAUGUUCUGCACAACGGCUUGGGGAUGACAGAUGCUUAUAUGAUGGAGCGUGUGAUGGUAGCCCUAGACCGUGGUACGUCACCCCACGUGACCAUGGUUACCUUUGCCAAAGCCAUGUCCCUUUACCUUCGAGGUGACCUGGAGGAACGAAUCCAAUAUGCUUUCACUUGCUAUGACCUUCUGGGUGAAGGACACCUAAGGCGGGAGACUAUGUACCAGCUGAUGAAGAAAAGCUUAGCCAAGACUUCCAGAGAUGAUGACGUAGAAGAAGCUGUUAAGAAUUACGAAUAA